CUGUCAAAAAGUACAUAUGGGUGUGUGGAUGUUUUCCAGAGUUACUGUCUGCCAUUAUUUAACAUUAAUUUACUAAAUAACAUGAAUUAUUGAACAGAAACAUUUGGGGGUUCUAAUAAUGAUUUUACUUUGUGUUGAACAGUCACUGAUUUGUUUGAUCUUUACAAAAUCCCAAUUUUGUAAGCAUAAUUUUGUCAUUUCUAAAUAUCAUUGACAUGGGCAGUAGCAUAAGCAAGCUUGAAGAUCUGUUGUACUGGUUUAAGGUUUUUUGUGUAAUUGAGAUGAUUGACACAACCAUGUUGAGCAGGACAUUUUACAAGCCCAGAAAUGUCAUAACCCAAAACUAGUUUGAAAUACUGUUGUAACUAAGUAUAUACUUUUUGUGCUGGGAACUUUCAUGGUCAAACCAUUAGUCUGAAAUGGCUAAACGAUAGCUUUAUUUAAUAAUUAUUAUUAUAUCAGUUAUUUUUUAACCAAUCCGGCAGUCUAAACGGUUAGACUGUCGCAAAGAAAUGAAAGUAAUGGUUGUCAUGCUGCGUCACGUUGUUGCUUAGGUAGUCGUCAAUAAAUCCGUUGUAGAAAGACAGGGCCGAGAAACGGCACAUUUAUAAGGGUAAAUUAAAAAACAAUAAGAUACAACAUAGGACGAGUUAUAGGUCUAAAAUCAUGUUAAUUUAGCUCCCUUCACUCAUAAUUACCCAUUAUGUUUUGGAAACGAAACCAAUUGUGGUUUAUAGAUUUCAAAUCUCCCCGAAAGUGUCUCAUGUUUUCGAAAAAUACUUCCUGAUACAUUUGUCACAUGACAUCGGGUUUCACUAGUGGAAUGUAGUUUACGGCUAUCCCCUUAAACAUGGACACAUAACCAUAAAACGGAUGUAUCUGUCGUUGUGGUGACAUGACAGCAGCUUGUGCCUGUGGAAAGUGCUUACCAUCAUGUCUCUCUCGGGCCGCCGCACCUCUGUGUUCACGUUCCAGUCAGCAGUUCACAGCUCCCAUGUUCUUACCCGCCUGAACGAUCAGAGGUUGAGGGAUGUGUUGUGUGACAUCACCCUUGUGGUUGGUGGCAGGACUUUCCGGGCUCACUGCUCGGUGCUGGCCUCAUGCAGCGACUACUUCCACAGCCGGAUCAUCCACAACACCCGUCCCAGCAUGGUGCUCAAUCUGCCUGACCAGGUGACAGUGGAAGGAUUUGAACCAUUGCUCCAGUUUGCCUACACCUCCCAGCUGCUUUUUACAAAAGACAACAUCCUGGCCAUCCACAAGUGUGCCAGUUUACUAGGGUUUCACAACCUGGAGACGUCUUGCUUCGACUUCCUCUUACCCAAGCUCCAGGAAGGCAGUAGGACCACCGAUACAACCGAGGAGCCCAGGCGAGGAGAAUUCUGUCUGGCCCAGGGAGGGUCCCCUAAUGACAGUUUAGGCCACAAAUCAAACAAAGGCAGAGACGGCAAGUCCUCGUCCAGUGUCCAUAUAGCUUACAGUACACGUUGUGGGUCUCAGAAUGCUCCACCCGACCUGGGCGCUCCACCCGACCUGGGCGCUCCACCCUGCAACAGUAUAACCGUGAGAAGAGACAGAGACCCAGACAUAGCUGUGAACGCCCAGCACCAGAGCACCAUUCCAGAGCAGUUCUGUCUGCAGACAUGUGGUCCUCACAUGUCACCCUUAUCUGUCGGGGGACUUACACCUUCCGGGGGUGCUGACGUUGGUGUGUGCCCCGUCCUAGCCCUGCCAUGUCCUGGUGGAAGUAACUCCCAGGCAGGCCCUGGCUCUGCCGCCACGCUCAGUGUCAGAGACAUCCAAGACAUGACAGCAGCAGUGUGUCCGAUGGCAAGGAAUCAGGGUGAGGGGAAUCCAAGCCAAUGUCCGCCCUCCUCUGACAUUCGCCCAUCUGUCCUGAUGGAGGCAGGAGAUGGGGAGAUGGAUAGUGAUGUGCCUGUUGUUGGGAGUCUGCUGGGUGAGGCGAACCCGGGGUCACUGGGAGGCUCCGGGCCGGGAGAGAACGCUGAUCUGCAGCUGCCUGUGUUCCAUCUGCUGGCUACAGAUGAAAGUCCAGCGGAGAGAGAGGCGGAGGACACUGGUGGAUGCCCUGUGUUCCUCAGGGAGCCAAGAGGAUCAGGUCGAGAACCUUUAUUAGAACAGAGAGGGCAGCCUUGUCCGGUUGUAGGGGCUCAUUUCCCUGAUUCCACCCUCAGUGACGCUGGCCUCUCAGACCCCUCACUCUGUGGUCUGAAAUCGGAGGAGGGGGGAUUUGGACUCGUAGAGCGGACCAGCGUCGAGAGGGAGGUGGCGGAACAUUUAGCCAAAGGAUUCUGGCCUGAUCUAAACCCCUUACAGACGGACCCUCCCUCUAAUCUCUCUAAUCUGGAUCCCAUGGAAAACCAAGAUCUAGGGAGAGUUCCUCAUCUGGAUCCCAUGGAAAACCAAGAUCUAGGGAGAGUUCCUCAUCUGGAUCCCAUAAGUAAUAGAGGUUUGAGGAGACUUCCUACUCUGAACACCAUGGAGCGCAGUGGUCUUGGGAAGGAUGCAGACUUCCACUGGCAGCUGGACCUAACCUCCAAUCCCGGGGACUGUCCCUUCCUAAGGGAACUGGGGACUGGAGAGGUAGUAGGGAUGGAGGUAAUGGGAGAGGAUGGAGGGAUAGAGGAGAUUGGAGAGGGAGGCGGGAUGGAGGACAUGGGAGAGGGAAGAGGUAUUGAGGGUAUGGAAAGGGCAGUGGAGGAAAAUGAGUUAGAAGAGACUGUAGAGGGCCGAACACCUGGAGGAAACGACAGCCUUUCCCAGUCAGAGAAGAGUCCCUACAUGUCGUCUGUUAACUCAGGAGAGGACUCUGAUCCAGACACAGACGGAGAUACGGAGAGAGAGGCCAAUGACAGGAGAGCACAAGAGGUUUGUCUACCCUUCCCGGUGGAUCAGAUCUUGUCGGUCAGCCGUAGUGCCUUUCAGCAACUCAUCAGACGGCAGCAUCUGACCCCGGAACAGUUAGAGUUUGUCCAUGACGUCCGACGCCGUAGUAAGAACCGCGUGGCCGCCCAGAGAUGUCGGAAGAGGAAGCUGGAAGGAAUCAGUAAACUGGAGAAUGAGAUCAGCACUUUGAAUAGAGAGAAGAAGAGGUUGAUGGAGGAGCGUGUCAUGCUACAGAGGAACAUGGAAGAGACGUUACAGAGUCUAACUGGUCUCUGUCAGAGCGUUUGUCCUGAGCCUGACCUAGCCAAGUACUGCCCUGACUUCCCUGUCUCAGCCCUGCUCACUCCGCUGGCCUCCCCAUGCCUUCCAAUCUCCUCCUCCUGCCUACCCCCAGAAAAGGAACAAUGCCAGGUGGAGACUUCCUCUGAGAACCUCUCAACUGUCCCUGCAGAUCGGACCCCAGGUCCUUCCAUCACAACCGCAGCCCCAGACCCAUGCCAACCUCAGCCUGCCAUAGAGAAUUUCCCCUCAGCCUGCCAUAGAGAAUUUCCCCUCAGCCUGCCAUAGAGAAUUUCCCCU